CUGCAGGAUGAAGAACCCAAUGCUCGAGGUGGUGUCGUUACUGCUGGAGAAGCUGCUCCUCAUCUCCAACCUCAAGUUCUUCAGUUCCAGCUCUCCCGGUGAGGACAAGAGCAAUUUUUACGAGAUUCACUCUUUUAAACGCGGCGACGUGCUGGAAGUGCCACGGACUCACCUGACCCACUAUGGUAUCUAUUUGGGCGACAACCGCGUCGCCCACCUGAUGCCGGACAUCCUGUUGGCCCUGACUGACGACCAGGGGCUCACGCAGAAGGUGGUAUCUAACAAGCGUCUCAUUCUGGGGGUCAUUGGCAAGGUGGCCAGCAUCCGCGUGGACACGGUGGAGGACUUCUCCUACGGAGGCGACAUCCUUGUCAAUCACUUGGACGAAGCCCUCCAGAAGAAGGCGCUGGUAAACGAGGAGGUGGCGCGGAGAGCUGAGAAGCUGCUGGGCGUCACCUCCUACAGCCUACUGUGGAACAACUGCGAGCACUUCGUGACUUACUGCAGAUAUGGCAUCCGGAUCAGCCCCCAGGCGGACAAGUUUUGUGAGAAUGUGAAGAUAAUUAUUCGUGAUCAGAGAAGUGUUCUUGCUUCAGCAGUCUUGGGAUUGGCAUCUAUAGUCUAUCUGGGCAUGGCAUCAUAUACCACCCUUCCUGCAAUUUUUAUCCCAUUCUUCUUAUGGAUGGCAGGCUAAUUUCAUACCUCCAUGUCAAUGUGUAUAUUCUGUGUGUAAAUAUGUUUAUAUUUAUAGAGCACAAGUCACUAUAAGCGUUAUUGAGAAAAAUGUGACCUGUAACACUUCUGUAUAAAAUGUGAUUUAAGAAUCACACAAAGUGCUUACUGUGUAAGCCUAAGAACGAAGGCUUUCUGAAUCUUCUCACAGUUCAGUUUUAAAGUACCUCCCAAGCUUGAAAAUGUGAGAGUUUCUGAUAAAAUUCA